AUGCCGGGGAAGCGGGGCUCGGCGGGCGGCGGCGGCGGCAGCGAGCUCCCGGGGGCCGGCGCGCCGCGGCAGCGCAGGCGGCGGAGGAAGGUCUCCUGCUUCUCCAGCAUCCAGCUCUUCCUGGUGUCCGAGUGCGCCCUGAUGCUGGCCCAGGGCACGGUGGGAGCCUACCUGGUGAGUGUUUUAACCACCUUGGAGCGGCGAUUCAACCUCCAGAGUGCUGACGUGGGUGUCAUUGCCAGCAGCUUCGAGAUUGGCAACCUGGCCCUCAUCCUCUUUGUGAGCUACUUCGGAGCCCGAGGACACCGGCCACGCUUGAUAGGAUGUGGAGGGAUAGUCAUGGCCUUGGGUGCCCUCCUUUCUGCGUUGCCUGAAUUUCUGACCCACCAGUACGAAUACGAAUCGGGAGAAAUACGCUGGGGAGCUGAAGGGAGGGAUGUGUGCGCUGUCAACGGGUCCACCAGCGACGAGAGACCAGACCCGGACCUUAUCUGCAGGAAUAGGACUGCUACCAACAUGAUGUACUUGCUGCUCAUCGGGGCACAGGUCCUCCUGGGCAUUGGUGCUACCCCUGUCCAGCCCCUGGGAGUUUCCUACAUCGAUGACCAUGUGAGGCGGAAAGAUUCCUCCCUGUACAUAGGGAUCCUGUUUACAAUGCUGGUAUUUGGACCAGCCUGUGGAUUUAUCUUGGGCUCCUUCUGUACCAAAAUCUAUGUGGAUGCUGUCUUCAUUGACACAAGUAAGCUGGACAUAACCCCGGACGACCCUCGGUGGAUCGGAGCGUGGUGGGGAGGCUUCCUGCUCUGUGGUGCCUUACUCUUCUUCUCGUCCCUGCCCAUGUUCGGCUUCCCGCAGUCGCUGCCGCCGCGGCCCGAGCGCGCCGGGGAGAGCGAGCAGGCCAUGCUCCCCGACAGGGACUACGAGCGGCCCAAGCCCAGCAACGGGGUCCUGCGGCACCCCUUGGAUGGGGACAGCAGCACCACCUGCUUCCAGCAGCUGCGAGUGAUCCCCAAAGUGACUAAGCACCUGCUCUCCAACCCUGUGUUCACCUGCAUCAUCCUGGCAGCCUGCAUGGAGAUUGCGGUGGUGGCUGGCUUUGCUGCCUUCCUGGGGAAGUACCUGGAGCAGCAGUUCAACCUCACCACCUCAUCUGCCAACCAGCUCCUGGGGAUGACAGCAAUCCCGUGUGCGUGUCUGGGCAUAUUCCUGGGUGGCCUCUUGGUGAAGAAGCUCAGCCUGUCUGCUCUGGGAGCCAUCAGGAUGGCCAUGCUGGUGAACCUGGUGUCCACAGCUUGCUACGUGUCCUUCCUGUUCCUGGGGUGUGACACAGGACCUGUGGCAGGGGUUACUGUUCCCUAUGGAAACAACUCAACUCCAACCUCAUCUCUGGACCCAUAUUCCCCCUGCAAUAACAACUGUGAAUGCCAAACUGAUUCCUUCACUCCAGUGUGUGGGGCAGACGGGGUCACAUACUUAUCUGCCUGCUUUGCUGGCUGCAGCAGCACGAACCUCAGUGGCUGUUCGUGCCUCACCUCGGUCCCUGCCGAAAACGCCACCGUCGUUCCUGGCAAAUGCCCCAGCCCUGGGUGCGAAGAGGCCUUCCUGACAUUCCUGUGCGUGAUGUGUGUCUGCAGCAUGAUCGGGGCCAUGGCACAGACACCCUCAGUCAUCAUCCUCAUCAGAACCGUGAGCCCCGAACUCAAGUCUUACGCUCUGGGGGUGCUUUUCCUGCUGCUCCGGUUGCUAGGUUUUAUCCCACCACCGCUGAUCUUCGGGGCCGGGAUUGACUCCACGUGUCUGUUCUGGAGCACAUUCUGCGGCGAGCAAGGAGCCUGUGCACUGUAUGACAACGUGGUCUACAGAUACCUGUAUGUCAGCAUUGCUAUCGCCCUCAAGUCCUUUGCAUUCAUCCUGUACACAACCACCUGGCAGUGCUUGAGGAAAAACUAUAAAAGAUACAUCAAGAACCACGAAGGUGGUCUCAGCACUAGUGAGUUUUUUGCCUCUACUCUCACCCUAGACAAUCUGGGGCGGGACUCGGUGCCCCAAAAUCAACCACAUAGGACAAAAUUUAUCUAUAACCUUGAAGAUCAUGAGUGGUGUGAAAAUAUGGAGUCUGUUUUAUAGUGACUGUGGAGGGGUGAACUAUAUUAAUAAUACAAGGGUCCUUUUUAAUAAAAACAAGGAGAGAGCACGAAUGAGAGAAGAAACAACUGCAAAACAGCAUCGACAACACAGGAAACUUUUGUCUUUUUCUCAAAGUCAGACCCAGCCAGGAUUCUUGAGGACAGCAUCUUUUAAUGGGAUCACUUGUGACAUCCUGCAGGGUGAUGGAGAAAGCAGGGAGCCCUUGUGGCUGGGUACCAACUCCUUUGGCAACAGUACGAGCUUCCAAGGAGGGCAGAGGUUCGCUGGAGAGACCGGCACAGGCUUGGGAACGAGGCAUAGGGAAAGCAAGCUGAUAACAGCAAGCUGAUAACAGCAAGCUGAUAACAGCAAUAGGUUUUUUCCCAGUUGAGAUGGGCUGUGUGGAGCCCUGCGGGGUUGGCCAGGCUGGGUGCUGCUCCAACCUGCUGCGUCUGCCAUGGCAAGGAGGGAGCGGUGCUGGAGUCCUUCCAGCAGUCACACUCUGUCACCAGCCACGAGUCCACGAUAAAUACCUUGAAAGCUGCUGGAAACCUUCCCGGUGGCGAGCAGUGCUGUCAGGGGUAUCCAAGUCCUUCCAGCCCAGGCUUAUUCGCAGAUUGCAGCUUGGUGGCUGUCUGCGAAUAGCUGCGCUCAGAUCUCAAACCCAGUAGAGUUCAAGACAUUUGCUCACACUUGCCAAACGUGCUGUCAUUUUUAAAGGGGGAUGAGUUCCAAAUACUUACCUGUGUAGUCCUCUAAUGAGAUGUUUUUUGAAAUUAUUUUCAAAUCUAUGUUAACCCUUAAAUCGCUGACACUUUUCCAUGAGGAGGAUUUAUUUAUGCUAGUUUGGGGAAGGAUCCUGUUUAAUUCACCCAAACGUAAUGUGACUCAAGGGGUUUGUUUAAUCCUCUGCAUUUUUUAUCCAUACGCCUUCAUUCUAAUAUGCUACCAAGCCAAUGAAGACACAUAAUAUGUUUUUAAAAAAGAGAAUGAAUGCACUGUGUCUCUAUAAAAACAAUUGUCAGUUGGAGAAUUACAGAUAAUAUGAUGAUUUACAUAAUAUAGUUUUUUUCAUAUUUUAUGUGACUCAGUGAAUACAUAUAUAUGUGGAGAGGCUGUUUAUGUUCUCUCCAGUUUUUAAAGAUAUAUAUAUAUAUAUAUAUAAUUUGCAAUCUAGAAAUUGUGUGGUGGAUGUUUUCUUUAAAGUGUGUGUGUGUGUGUGUGAGCGUGUGUGUGUACAAGAUGAGAGGAAUACCUUAAUCCUUCAACCCUCACAAGUGGUAUUUUAUUUUUCACCAGAGAAAUUCCACUGACUUUCAGUGGAAGCCAUGUGAGGAAGAUGGAAUAAUCUCUCCUGGAUACCACAUUUUGUUUGUACGUGUGGGAAUAGUGUUCCUCCGGAAGGCUGGGUUAUGGGAGCAGAGGCUGGCCAGCACUGAGCAACUCAAACUUCCAUUCAGCUCCCCACAAACAUCCAUGCAGGAGCAGAUUUGGCUUGGCUCUUGCAGUGCAGACUUACCUAAACCUGCAAAAACCGUGGGGAAACUUUCAUCUGAUUACAAGAAGCAUGGGGGUCAGGCUUAUUUUGUAUGCAUAUUUUUGUUUUCCAAAACAUUCCUGCUGGGAAGCAAUGCAAAUUGGCAGCAUUUGAUGAGCUUUUCCCCAGGAACCAGACUUGUUUCCAAUGGACUAAAUGUCAGAAGGGCUUUAAGGGUUAGCAUCGUAAUUAAAAGUUCCUUUUUUGUGUGAAUUUCAAAGCUGUUGUGAUGAACUUGAGGAUGUUUAGAGGAGUAACCUGGCAUGUUGAGUCAAAUGCUGGAUGUCACUUCCAUGCAGGUGGCAGAGGGGCUGAUCUUCCCCAAAUCCUUUUCCGUUGCUGCAGUGGACACGCCAGAGCUGACACAAUUACAGAGGGUUGAUAACGUUUCACUCAUGUUCAGCACCUUUUUAGCAGACUUUGCUCCUAUCCAGGCUUUGCAGUAUGGGUGUGGAGUAUCAAACUGCUUCCACUUGACUGACAUUACAUGUGUGUUUGCAACUUAUGCACAGAAUUACAUGUUCAGCAACAAUAAGGGCAGGAAAAAAGGCUGCAUCAAAUAAACUCCAUUGUGCCAAAUACUCAACAAAUAUUGUAACUGCAGAUAUUUAAUUCUUGGGUUUCAGCCACGUUAAGAUUCACUCGACUGAUGAAGGAGUUUAAGGGAAAAAAAAAUAUUAAGUUAUGCAGUGCCAUUCUUAUGCUGGGUGGUAAAUGAUGCUUUUUAGACCAUUACAUUGGUUUAGUAUGUCCUAUCUGCUAAAACAGAGAUACUGCAUCCAUAAAACAAUGAAUUCAAAAAAGGCACAGGGUGCAUAACUGUCUCAUAAAAUAUAUAUAAUUGUCAAGUAUAAGCCUUUGAAAUAAUUCUGUACGGUUUCCUUCAUUCUGCAGAUUCAUUACUUAGACUGCUGUCUUUCCAAAUGUUAGCUCAUAAUUUUAUACUAUACACACACUUUCAGACUGGAACACAAAUUUCACAGAACAGAACCUUUCUAAAAGCCUGAUUGCUUGAAAUUUCAUAACGCUUUUCACAAUUUCAUGAUUUUCCCCUCUGAAAGUGCAAGGUGAAGGAGAUUAGCAUGCUGAUUGAUAUGAUGUAAAACAAACUCCCAGUGUUCAUGAGCUGUGGUUUGUUGGUACAAAGUCCCCCUUGACCGGAGUUAUGGAAACAGGAUUCCAGGGCACAUAACAUUUUCAUUUUUUGUUUUUCUUUACUUUUUCCAUUUGAUCUCUUCUCUUAGUAUGUGUGGGAGAUGCAGUUGAAUGGGGUUACUUACAUUAUUUUUAAGCUGUAACUUGAAAUUCCUGCAUGAUUGUUAUUUUAUUUCUUUUCAUAAUGGAAUUUUUGAAAAGCUUUUCUCCCAUCCCACUCUUAUUUUUAUUUUUUUUCCCCAGGGUUAGGUCUGAUGCCUGCAUCGUGAAGGGCUUUGCUGUCAGUGCUUUGGUACAGAUUUAAGAACAGAGCUUUAGUUUAAAGAAAACAAACACAGACCAAACACUUCAUCCACACCAGCAGGCAUUUUAUUUUUUUUUUUUCUGAUUUCAGAACCACAAGCCAUUUUUGUCUGCAACCCAGUUUUUGUUACAGAAUAACAAAUGAAGAGUGUCAGACAUCCUCCUUCUUCCCAAACUGCGUUAUGGGCCUUCACCUGUCAGCACUUCGCCUCCAUCCUGCAACUGCCUUAACCAUGCAGGAAACUUAAAAAACAAGGAUGGAGUUAGACAAAUGCCCAUUCCCAGGAACAGAAACAGGGGCGUGGUCUGAGCUGUGCAGUCCAGAUCCAGUGGCAGAAAUUGUUUCUUAAUUUUCAAGAGCAUUGAAAUUGAGGGGUUUGUUAGGGCCUCAGUCUCAGCAGAAAUGUCCUUUUGGCAUUUUCAAGCACUGUGUUCCCCACGUGGCUGUCUGCUAAGGAAUGGGAUGUUGGGAAAAACUAACUACUUGAGAUUCUGCAGUCUCUCUGGGAUUGACCAGUUGCCUUGCAUGGCUUCAGGUUGGGGUUUCCUUUCCCGUGCACAGAUCCUACUUUGGAAUAGUCCCAGUGGAAUAAAAAGGGAACCCCAAUCUCAAUUUGGUGCAGAUGACACUGGAAUAGUUUUCUCUGCAUCCUUGUUAACAAGGUGAUGGAUUUCCAGAACCUUCUUUUAAUGUAUAUAGAAAUCAUCCGUUUUUCUGACUUUGCUCAGCACAUCUUGGAUGUAGAGUGGGACUGAAGGGUCCAUCACUUGAAUUAUCACUUGAAUAUCACAAACCUUCCAUUCCUGGUAAUUCAGCUAACAGGGACCUCCCUCUGCCAUUCCCCUCUGAGAUGCACUAAACUCCUUGGUGCUGCUUCUCUUAAUCAUGGUUGGGUCUCACCUUGCUCAGAAGGUGAGAAGGGAAAGAUGCAGAGAGGAAUUAGCUUCCAUUAUCUGACUUAGCUACGCUUCAAAAUGC